AUUCUAGAAAGAUUGGAAGAGUAGGGAGAGAAAAUGUCCAUUUGACGAAGCAAAGAUGUUCCAGAGGAGUACCUUGAAACUUGUAUCUUAUCGUGUUGGCUGGUUUCAGAAGAGACUGUUCUCUUUCGUAGCUACCCAUUGUGAUAACGUGGUAAACUUGGAUUCCGAACAGAAAGCUUUGAGAGAAAGUGUGAGAAAAUUCGCGGGAGACGUCAUUGCACCCAUUGCCGCUGAAGUAGAUAGGAAAAACGAGUUUCCUAAUCACUUAUGGAAGCAGUUGGGUUCGUUAGGAGUAUUAGGAAUAACAGCACCACAGCAGUACGGUGGUUUGGGUCUCGGUUAUACAGAACACUGUAUUGCUAUGGAAGAAUUGAGUAGAGCAAGUGGUUCAAUCGGUCUUUCUUACGGUGCUCACUCCAACUUGUGUGUAAACCAAAUUGUAAGAAAUGGAAAUGAAGAACAAAAACAAAAAUAUCUCCCCGGUUUAAUAGCAGGAGAGAAGAUUGGCGCUCUGGCAAUGAGUGAACCAGGGGCCGGAUCGGAUGUUGUUUCUAUGCAAUGCAGAGCAGUACCCAGUGCCGAUCAAAAGACUUUUACCUUGAAUGGAAACAAGAUGUGGAUCACCAAUGGUCCAGAUGCAGACGUAUUAGUAGUUUAUGCAAAGACCGAUCCUGAAGCAGGCUCUAAAGGAAUUACCGCGUUUCUGAUAGAAAAGGGAAUGAAAGGCUUUUCAACUGCUCAAAAGUUGGAUAAAUUAGGAAUGCGUGGUUCAAAUACUUGUGAACUUGUGUUUGAAAAUUGCGUGGUUCCCGCCAGUCAAGUAUUAGGACAAGUAAAUAAAGGUGUUUAUGUUCUUAUGAGUGGUUUGGAUUCGGAACGUUUGGUUCUUUCUGCUGGUCCUCUUGGAAUUAUGCAAGCGUGUUUAGAUAUUGUAUUGCCGUAUGUAAGAGAGCGGAAGCAAUUCGGAAAGCCGAUAGGAGAGUUUGAACUUAUUCAAGCCAAAGUAGCCGAUAUGUAUGCCGAAUUGGGAGCUUGUAGAGCUUAUACUUUUAGUACUGCCCGCGCCGGUGAUAUGAAUAAUGGCGUUUUGGAUCGCAAAGAUUGUGCAGCAGUUAUUUUGUAUGCAGCUGAGAAAGCCACUCAAAUGGCAUUGCAAGCUAUUCAAUGUUUAGGAGGCAAUGGAUAUAUCAAUGAGUAUCCUACUGGUCGUCUAUUAAGAGAUGCUAAGCUAUAUGAGAUUGGUGCAGGAACUUCAGAAAUUAGAAGAAUUCUGAUUGGUAGAGAACUCGUACGAUCGAUUGCUUAAAUAAAAAGUGUUUGCUUAUUCGCUUCCAAUCGAUUUCAUCCAGUGGCCAAUUUUUGUUCAUUACCAUUAGACGUGUCGAUUCGCAUUGAUUU